AUGAGUUCGACCGAAUGGGAAAGGCCUUCAACGACUAGCAUGUGGUCGUUGCUUGCUGUGUGGUGCUGUGUGACCUGGCCGUCUCUGUCAGCUGCCGUCGAUGGUGUCUUGUGGUCGGCCGGGGCAGAUGUGCUCAUGGUGUCGGAGUUCGACAAACCGAGCUUGCCACAACAUGCUGUGGGUGCUGCAGUCCCCGGGGCGGUGGUGCAGGCGGCCCCAACCAGCGCUCAGCAUGGCCUUAUGGCAGGCUUGUCACAGCAGGACAACUUCAACAAACCUGGGACGAACCAAAGCGUGCACACCGUCUCAACGUCUUAUCCGCAACAGCUUGUCGACCCGCGCAUUGCCAUCGAGACACGACGCACUAAGAUGAUUUGUGCUCAGAUUCUUGGCGGACUGGUCGUGAGUGCCAUGGUGCCUGUCUUGGUCUACCAGGGCUGGUGGGCAUUCGUCUCGCUGUCGACCCUCCUCCUGUCGCUGACAGUGGUUCAAGUGGCUAUGAAAGCUGCGCUGCAUGAUGGCCUGCCAUAUCCAUACUCUUUGACGGCCCUCCACAUGUUACUGACUGUCCUGACUGCCUUUGCUGCCGGCCCUCCACGUCCGGGCGAAUUGCGAAUGGCACUGCAGACACUUCCACCUUCGGUAGCUGGUGGUGGCGCUGUGCUGCUCCACAAUGUGGCGCUGACACAGGCCAGUGUGAGCUUUGUAACCAUGCUGGGCUCCUGCACACCUGUGGUCACCUACUGCUGCUGGGAGGCAUGUUACGACUUGUGCUUUCUUCCGUGA